ACUCUGAAUACAUGCAUAUACUGUACAAAAAAAUUUGCAGUUCUAUAUACACUUCUAUAUACACUUCUAUAUACACUUCUAUAUACACUUCCAUAUACACUGCUAUUGCGCUGCAGUUUGUUUGAUCAACAUCUCACUUCCUUUCUGAUUAUAAAUAGUGGGGGUAACAACAUUUCCUGAUAUAUACAGUUCAGUUUAAGACUGUACUGUGAGGCACAGGUUAGGACAUGGGGAAAAAAGGUAAUUAUCCAACAGUAAACAUCUGAAACUUUUAUUAUUGUAAAUAAAUAUUUUUGAUCUUUUAAAUAUGACAUGUGAUCAGCAUCGUAAACGACAAUUUUCAAUCGUUAGGACCAAGAACAGAGGAUGGCGAAUAUGUGAAUAUGCAGAACUCGCGUCCAAAGCACAAAACAACCCCAGAUAUCUCCGGCCGCACUGAGUUGAAAACACGAAAGACCUUUAUAUCUGCUCUUGGUCUCCUCCUAAUGCUUGGUGCUUUAUCAACACUCUGUGCUGUAGGAAUCUUGUAUCACAAUAAAGUGGUUUCAUAUGAGAUAUUAAGUAAACAGUAUGCUAAUUUUACAGCUACACUGAUCACGCAAGAAAAGAAAGCCAAGGAGACAGAAAGACUGUAUGAAGCGCUGAAGAGUCGAGAUUACUGUGUGGGGAAAGGAGGCCACCUGGUGAUUAUAACCAGCCAAACUGAACAGGAUUUUGGAUCUUCGCAAAUUGGAGAAACACACUGGAUUGGCCUGAAUGACUUGGAGACUGAGGGAAAGUGGAUGUGGGUGAACAACCAGCCCUUAAAGGAGACGGAUGUAAUGUUCUGGUAUAGCGGUCCAGGAGAACACAGUGAGCCUGACAACUGGAAAAGAGAGGACCCUUCAGGAGAGAACUGUGCUGCUCUGGGGGAUGCACGUGGUAACAUACAUAAAUGGUUUGAUGCGUCUUGUAAAAAGAUUUUUUAAAAAGUGUAUCUUUCUAAAAUGAAAUGCUUUUUAUUUGCAUUUGUGCCUGAAAAUAUUUGUGUUUUCAAGAAAGUAGGAUAAUUUUAGCUUGAUGAGUCUGAACAUUUGAUAUUGUAAAACAGCUAACAUUAAAUUUACCUGUAGUGUGAUUAUUAAACAUGUUCACAUUCAGCUUUAAAUCUAAAUACAAGAUAGCUGUGUGCUUUUUUUAUCAGAAGAAUCAUGUACCUCUUUUACAGAAUCCAUUACGUUUCAUUUUCUUCCACGUUGUAAAAUAUCAUUGUAUUUUUAGCUUGUCUUAACCUCUAGAUCAAUAGAACAUGGUGUGAGAUCAUGUCUGUAGUUUUUCUCCUGCUGUAUUGUGGAAGUCUCUCAAAUUGUGCUGAAGGGAUGAACAGUAACUUUCUUUCAAAAGUUAUUCUCUCAGUUGGAAACCUCCAGAGCGUAAUAACAGAGCAGCAGAUUUUUCCUUUAAUUUUACACCCAUCUCUACACAGUAUACUUAUGAAUGAAGUGUGUCUAUUUUAACUAGAUGUAAUGUUA